UCCCCCACACCACCUCACACCAAGAUGAAGUCCUGCGUUGUAGCCGCUGCCUGCGUGGCCGGAGCCCAAGCCUUCGUGGCACCCAGCGCGUUCAACGGCGCCGCCGUGGCCACCCCGGCCAAGUCGUCCUCGGCCAUGAAGAUGUCGUUCGAGUCGGAGAUCGGCGCGCAGCCCCCCCUCGGAUUCUGGGACCCGCUCGGCCUCCUCGAGGACGCGGACCAGGAGCGGUUCGAGCGCCUCCGGUACGUGGAGGUGAAGCACGGGCGCAUUGCUAUGCUCGCCAUCGCCGGUCACCUGACCCAGCAGAACACCCGGCUCCCCGGCAUGCUCUCGAACUCGGCGAACCUGUCGUUCGCGGACAUGCCGAACGGCGUGGCCGCUCUGUCGAAGAUCCCCCCGGCGGGCCUCGCCCAGAUCUUCGCGUUCAUCGGCUUCCUUGAGCUGGCUGUGAUGAAGAACGUGGAGGGCUCGUUCCCCGGAGACUUCACCCUAGGCGGCAACCCGUUCGGGUCCUCGUGGGACGCGAUGUCGGAGGAGACCCAGGCGUCGAAGCGCGCGAUCGAGCUGAACAACGGGCGCGCGGCACAGAUGGGCAUCCUGGCCCUGAUGGUGCACGAGGAGCUGAACAACAAGCCGUACGUGAUCAACGACCUCCUCGGCGCGGGAUACACCUUCAACUAAACCACCCACCCACCCACUUUUGCAUUUGCCAACGUCGCGAAGCGUUUCCCGUAGGUUUUGACUAGAAUGACUCAACGAUUUGGGUUAGAUGGUGUCGCGGAUGUGGUGGAAGAAGGGUAGCAGUCCUGUUUUGGUGUGCCGCACGUGCCUCGGUUGCAUCUUAGCUCUCCAAUGCUGGGUCAUUUUUUCUAGUUUUUCUCAGGAUUGUAGAAUAGACGAAAACAGUGUACAGACGCAAUGAUCUUUUUACGAAGCGGUUCCGGAGGCCUUGAUUUUUGGCUAGAUAGCGCGGAAGAUUUGAUGUUGAAAAGCGAAACUGUUUCUUCGGGUAUUCAAGACAGGACCGUGGUCAAUCGUAGUCCUUCGCUCCCUGUUUUGUCGUGGACGCAAGGUAUUGUUUUUUUUUUUUGUCCGUGUGAGGGGGGUCUGUAGACUUGCGUUCGAUUGUGGACGACGUUCAUGAGAUGAGUUUCGUGGCAGACUUGAUUUGCUCUGGGCUUUUGGGACGAAGUCACGCGUGAAAGGACUAAUAUUGGAUUUCCCCAAUGUAUUGGGGAACAGCGUGCUGCUGCACGUUGGGCGUUGUUUUCAUCGUUUUUUGCAGCUUGGGCGCAAUCUGCACGUGCGUACCAUGGAAGCACGCUGGCUGGCUGAUUCUUGUUUCAACCGUCAAGAGCCUUCGUGGCACCCAGAUCUUCGCGUUCAUCGGCUUCCUUGAGCUGGCUGUGAUGAAGAACGUGGAGGGCUCAUUCCCCGGAGACUUCACCCUGGGCGGCAACCCGUUCGGGUCCUCGUGGGACGCGAUGUCGGAGGAGACCCAGGCGUCGAAGCGCGCGAUCGAGCUGAACAACGGGCGCGCGGCACAGAUGGGCAUCCUGGCCCUGAUGGUGCACGAGGAGCUGAACAACAAGCCGUACGUGAUCAACGACCUCCUCGGCGCGGGAUACACCUUCAACUAGAUUUCUAAACAGAUUGUCUUGGAUGCUUGGUCCAUGGGCUGUGCCCCGGCAUUCAUGAAAUGGCCGUUUAUG